AAAUUCGAGCAUGCGAUUUUUUCGCGGUGAUAUUGCUUAUGCAUUUGUGGACCGCCCAAGAACUCAAUCUGGUCCAAAAUACCUUACGAGCAUCUCCAACUUCAUUUCUUCGGACGACAAAUGCUUAGCUACCGACUCUUCUUUUCCCCCAAAUAAGGCAAAAGUUUUCAGUCACUCUCUGUCGGCACCGGAUGUCUGCUAAAGUUCUCCGUCUGGGCGACUUCCUUAAGGUACGAUAUUGUUUUCCUUUCCUUGCCCACUCACAGACUUUUUCCCUUCUCAGUGUCAUUUACAUCCCUAAAACCCUAAACCUUCUUUUCAUUCAACCACAUUCUUAUUCCUCUCAAUCUUCCAAUUCUAAAUACUCUGAUUAUUUACAUCAGUUUUCUCCUUUUAAUUUUCCCAACUAUGAUUAUUUGGGCUCUUUGAAUUCGAAUGAGCGUCGAUUAGUAGUCGUCGGAUUAUCUAAACUAAUCAAACAACAGCAAGGAUACAUUUUGAAGGGAUUUUACCGCAACUUUUGCCCCUAUUUGUUAGUGAAGAUCAUGACACUAUUAAAAUCCCGUAAAUCUGCAUGUGCAUUUUUCAAAUUCGCAUUUCAAAAUGACUCCGAUACUACUGUUAAGUCAUGUUGCCUCGCCGCACAUCUCUUGGCUGCCGAGAAUCUUCAGCUCCUCGCACAAGAUGUUAUCUCCUGGAUUAUUUUGAGAAUCGGGGCCAGCAGGAGUAGAGAGUUGGUGGAGUUUAUGUGGGCUAAUCACCAUGAAUAUGAGUCGGAUUUCUCACUCCUCUAUACCCUUAUGUGGGGUUUUUUGCAUUCGCAGAUGGUUUAUGAGGCACUAGAGAUUUUGGAUAGGAUGAGGGAGGUCGGCGUGACGCCAAGUUCGUCAGCAAUGACAAUUCUUUUCAGGUUGUUGCUUAGAGUGGGUGAUUAUGGUAGUGUUUGGAAGCUUUUGAGGGGCAUGAUUCGUGAAGGUCCUCGCCCUUGUAAUUUUAAUUUCAACGUAAUUAUUCUUUGUUUUUGUCAAAAAGGAUAUGUGAGGAUUGGUGAGAGUUUGUUAUAUGUUAUGCAAAAGUUUAGUUGUCAACCAGAUGUUUAUACAUACAACAUUUUGAUCAGUGGGUACUGUACGAGGGGAAGGACUUCAGAUGCUCUUGGCGUGGUGCAUUUGAUGAUUAAGAAUGGUUGCAAACCUAGCUUAGUUACAUUCAACAUAGUCAUAAAUGCAUUUUCCAAGCAGGGAAAUAUGGAGGAAGCAAGAAAGAUUUUUGAAGGGAUCCAAGAGGUGGGUCUUUCUCCAAAUGUUGAAAUGUAUAACACUUUAAUGAAUGGAUACUUUAAGGCAAGUGAUGUUGACCAAGUAAACAUCCUCUACGAAGAAAUGAGGAACAGGGGUUUAGCUCCUGAUGGCUCAACUUUUAAUAUAUUGUUCGCAGGGCAUUGCAAGUAUGGGAGAGAAGAGGAUAGUCACAGGUUGUUGAGGGAUUUGUCAUAUUUAGGUUUUCUUCCAGAUUGUUCACUGUAUGAUAUUACUGUUGCAGGGUUGUGUUGGGCAGGUCGGUUGGGUGAGGCCAUGGAAUUUUUAGAGGAUAUGCUUGAGAAAGGAAUACCUCUAAGUGUAAUUGCUUUUAAUUCAGUAAUCGCAGCUUAUAGCCGGGCAGGAUUAGAAGAGAAUGCCAAUAGAGCGUAUAAAGUCAUGGCUAUGUUUGGUCUAGUUCCCUCAUCUUCAACAUGCAGUUCUCUGCUUCUGGGUUUAUCCAAGAAUGGGAGACUGCAAGAAGCACGGGGGCUCUUGCAUAUGAUGAUAGAGAAGGGCUUUCCCAUCAAUAAAGUGGCCUUUACGGUGCUUUUGGAUGGGUACUUCAAGGCAGGGGAUAUUACUGGCGCACAUAGUCUGUGGCAUGAGAUGGAAGCAAGGGGAAUAUAUCCUGAUGCUGUUGCCUUCUCAGCAUUUAUUGAUGGCCUUUCCAAAGCUGGACUCCUGGAGGAGGCAUAUGAUGCAUUUUUAGAUAUGUCAAGGAAAGGAUUUGUUGCUAACAACUUUACCUAUAACUCUUUGAUCCAUGGAUUUUGCAAAUGUGGUAAGCUCCAUGAAGCAUUGAAGCUGGAGAGGGAGAUGAGGCAAAAGGGUCUUCUUCCUGAUAUUUUUACAAUCAAUAUCAUUAUUAAUGGAUUUUGUAAAGAGGGCAGAAUGAAGGCUGCCAUUGAUGUCUUCACAGACAUGCAUCGAAUUGGGCUAACCCCUGAUAUUGUCACUUAUAACACAUUGAUUGGUGGGUACUGUAAAGUGUUUGACAUGGUUGGUGCAGAUGAGUUCUUGAAUAAAAUGUAUGCCAGUGGAUGGGACCCAGAUAUCACAUCCUAUAAUAUAUACAUUCAUGGAUUUUAUAGUACUAGAAAAACAAGUCAGGCUGUGAUGAUGCUGGAUAACCUUAUUGCAGUCGGUGUUUUUCCAGACACAGUUACGUACAACACUAUGCUGAAUGUUGUUUGUACUGACAUACUGGAUCGUGCUAUGAUUUUAACCGCAAAAUUGCUUAAGAUGGCUUUUGUUCCAAAUGUUGUUACAACCAAUUUACUACUGUCUCAUUUUUGUAAGCAGGGGAUGCCUGAGAAAACCUUACUUUGGGGUCAGAAGUUAAGCGAGAUCUCCUUUACUUUUGAUAAAGUUUCAUAUAAAAUUAUGGAGAAAGCCUACAUUAAGGUACAAAACAAAGUCAAACCGUUAAGAGCAACAUCUGCAAAAAGCCUGUUUCUAGACUCGCUUAUGUAUAUUACAUAUGACUAUUUUCGUAGAAUUUCAACUAACGGAAAGACAAGUCAGGAUCCACAAACUAAUUGAAAAAGGUUUUAGUGGAUCCUGACACUUUGUUUUGCAAAGAAGUUUCUAGGACUUAGUUCUUAUGUUUUGCAAGGAUCUUUUGGACAUUUUGAGGCAAUGGAUUUUAUGCUACCGGUGGAGAUGGAAUUUGAGUGUUUUGGUUGAGAUGGUAUUGGUGGAGACUGGUCAGCGUACUUGAAUAGCACUAAAGGAAACUGAAAGAAGAGCGGGUCAAAUCCAUGAUAUACAUGUGCAAGACGCUAGUUAACAUAUGACCAUCAUCAAAUCUGCUGGAUAAACUUUUACAUUGUGAUUUUUGUUGGUUAUUGGAUGGUGUUUGUAAUAUUUUAUGGUGGGAUGACCAGCCUCAUGCAUGCUAUUUGUCAACAACAUUUACAUUUGAAAUCUCUUGUGGAACUGCAACCAUGCAUUUAUUGGUAUGGAGCCAGAAAAGAGCUGAUGGACGAUAAUGGUCUCUAGUUCAUUUCUGGGCUAGUGCCUGGUGAUAGGGAUAGGAUGGUGCACGUUAUCACUGGAUGACUCCACUUGGAAAUGGCUUGCAACUUUUUGAUGCCAUGGCUUUCUCAAGAAUAGUGGCUUCACAGGUAAGCUUUCGUAUUUCUGCAAUGAGAUAGAUUGGCAUGGUUCUAAGGUAUAGUGUAGUCCAGUAGUUAAUUGCUUUGUGGUUGCUGGUGCUCCAAUAUUUGCUGCUCCAUUGUACUCUGUAUUACGAUAAUAUUGGUAACCGGUAAAUGCCUGGAAACAGUUUCUUCGGUAAAUGACGUUAUAUGCUUGAUCAUUCUUGCUCGGUUGUUGGCUGGUGGCUUUUGAUAUAUGUAAAAUUGAAGAAGUUACAUUUACCUAUGCUUUUUGCCAAUUUAGGGAUGGUAGAUUUUAAAUUUGUGA